AUGAAGGUCCUCGAGUCGCAGAGCGCCAUAUUGACCAACUUCGAGGUCUACCAGCACCUCUUGAAUGAGCAGCAAAAGUCCAAGCUGCCUGACAGGAAGAGGCAGGUUCCCAGAAACCUCCAAACCGCCAUCAAGGAGGUCAUUGACCAACUACGGACCCAGCCGGAUCCCCUCAGCCAGCGGCCCGUCACAUAUGAUGCCACCAGCAUUAGCCGCCUGGUCGAGAGGCUGCGCGACUUUGACCUGACCAAGGGCGAGACCAUCAUGAUUGUCAACCAGCGCCCCGACAACCCGGCCGUCCUGGCUGCCUGUGUCGAGGACGCCGAGUCGCGCUUUGACGAGGAAAAGCAGCAGGAGAUUCUCGCCAUCAUCGCGGAGGUUCUGGGGCCUCUCCCGGUCAAGGAGGCUGCGGAGGCCUGA